UCUAUAUACUCAUUCUUGAUACACUACAUUCUGAAUGUUGUAGCUCUCCACUCCACAGACACAUUAGAAAUUAGGGUUACGUAAGUUUUAGAUUUACAUAUAGAAUCUUGUUCAUGUCUGCAUUUUAUAACCUUGCGCCAAGUAACACAGUUGCACACGUGUUAUCUCUUAGGGUAUAGCUACAUGAUUCAUGCCUUCUGUGCUACGCUUUUGUUUAGCAUGACUCAUGUCAUCGAUCUUUGAUUAUCAUUUUUGACAUUUUUGAUUUUCUCUAUCUACAUGAUUAGGUUUCUAGAUGUAGUUUAGGAAGCCAAAAUCAGGAUUGGAUCAUAAAAGGAGAGAAAGUAUAAAGGACGGAUAAGACUUCUCCUCUUUUUUUGAAUUCACUCCUUGUUUUGGCUUCCAAAACUGCAUCAGGAAACCUGACCAUGUGGCCUUACUCUUAUUCUAUUCGAUAUAAAGUAGCUGGUGAUAGCAGUGAAAUGCCUUCACAUUGAAUAUAGAUUAUAAUGCCAGUAAUGGACAAGUCAUUUAUAGGAACUGAAACUGUAAUAAUAUCAUUUCACUAUGCAGCACUAUGCUUAAGGUUUAAGCAGCACUUAUGCAGAAAGACAAUUAUUGAUGUUCCUAUGCUGGUAUAAAUUAUAUACAGCAUUAAAAUGGAAGUGAACAUCUGAAUGACUACUACUGAGUCAUCUACAGUAUGAACCUGUCUAUCUUGCCUUGUAUCUUCUACUUAUAAUGUAGAUGUGUAUCAGAUAAGGGUGGAUUCAUUUUUUGUAUUCUACUGUAUGUGUUCCAGAAAGGCUAACACCAGACACUUGGAGGUCAUAAACUAGCAUUUUCACACCAACAAUGGGUUACAAGACCCCGUUUUGAAACUUUUUAAAAACACUUGUGCAACAUUAUUUAAUUUCACAGACAUUUUUACAUCAUCCUCACCACUUGGGAGAGGUACAGACCGGGGCCAGGACUUUGGCUCCCAAAAUUUACUUUCUUUUACACCUGAAAACAGGAGUAAAAACGACUGCAAUCAGUGACUGGAGUUAGUGUUGAGUGAAUCGGGUUUGGAUUGCUAUAUCUGAACCCGAUUCCUUAGUAAAGUUUGUUAACAAUAUGGCCUCCGUCUUACUGUAAAAUGUAUGGGCUCCGCGGAGGUCUUUGAGAACUUGUGGUAAAUAUCGCGAGACUUGCUUUGUCUCGUGUCUAUGAAGUGACACUUUAUUUAUUCACAUCCUUCCUUAUAAAUGCAGCAGAGUUCAGCUUCAGAUUUUGACACUGUCAUUUACACCAAUAAACGAAAUGUCACGUCAUAGACGCAAGACGAAGCAAUACUUGCCACAAGUUCGCAAACACCUUCGCGGAGCCCAUACAUUUAACGGUAGGACAGAGGCUAUAUUGUUAACCAAGUUUUUAAAUGAAUCAGGUUCGAAUACAACAAUCCAAACUCAACACUAACUGGACAGGGGAAAAACAAAGACAGGUGUUAAGAGACGGUCUUUGUAAAUGACCCCCACAGACUUUUUGUAUGGAAACAGAUGAUAUAGUGAUGACCUUUCAAGAGUUUUUCAUGCUACAUAUCAAACAUAUCAAUGUAAAAGACAUGAGUUGAAAUAAGUUGCGAUCCAGCCAUAGUAAGGCUACUUUACAUAAGUUUCCACAUUUCCCCCAUAAGUCUUUAUUGUGUGAAAUAUGUCUGAUAAUGUGUAAAAGUCCUAAUAAACAUUCUUGUUUACUUGAUUUUUAGGGUUUCUUAUUCUUAGUGUAUUUUCGGGAGGGAGAGAAAAAAGUCCCAAAAAUGCUAAUGGGUAUUUUAUGAGGGGUUGUGAGGUGUUUUAGCACCUGCCAUUUGUAAAUGGUAUUUUUUUGCAUGGCAAGUUGCCUGUAAUGUCACUUUCUCUAUAGAGCUGUAAAAAAACAAAAAACAAAAACAAACCAUCAUUAAUAAAGUCAACACACAUUGCACAUGCAUUUUUUAAGGUGCAAAUAAAAAACAAAAGAGGUCUAUGGCAGAAAAACUCAAGACAAAAUCGUCACACCGAGACCAUGCAUCAUUUAAAAACAAAAAAAGAAAAGGCACUGACACAAAACACACUAGAGUGAAACAAAACACACAUGUGUCUUGCAUUUAAUAUUGCCAAUAGACUUCCAUGCAACAUCUAGAGGUGGUGUUUAUUGUCUAAAAAAUAUGGCAAAAAACUGAAGCAAAAAAUGCACCAGAACCUACGAAUCUGGCCAAAGAUGGCAAACAAACCUGUGCAUGACACCAGUUUUAUAGGGAAACUUGGUUCUCUCCUUAAUUGCUCAUAUUGCUAUGACAUGCAAAUGGGAGAGGGGAAGGGUGCCUCUGACAAUUGAUAUAUAAUAAGGAAAUACCAGUAUCCCUUAUAUAAAAUUAUAGCUUCAUAAAAUGUGCUGUUCUAUACUAAUCGUUAUUAAUACAUCUCACCCUAGAGUUGACAGAAAGCAAAUGGUGUUAAAUGUUUCAAGCGUGUUCUGGAAUACUGCAAGUACAAAUAUGGAUGCAGACCUGCAUGUUAUUUCUCCAGAAUUCAUAAAGGAUGGCUUUCUCAGUAACAUCACAAGCCAUGGAGGAAAUGCCACAACUCUCACAGAACUACUCAGGAUCAUCUUUCCUGUGGUAUAUCUCAUCAUUUUUCUUGGAAGCGUCAUGCUCAAUGGUCUUGCUGUCUGGAUUUUCUUCCAAAUCAGAAGCAAAACAAGUUUCAUUGUGUAUCUCAAGAACAUUAUGGGUGCCGACCUCCUCAUGACAGCAUCCUACCCAUUUAAAAUCAUACAGACUUCUGGGAUUGCACCAUGGAAUUUCAACGUCUACCUCUGUCGGUACACCAGCGUCUUGUUCUACACCAGCAUGUACAUCAGUAUUGCCUUUCUCGGACUAAUUAGCAUUGAUAGAUAUCUGAAAGUGGUGAAGCCUUUUGGUAGUUCAAAAAUGUACAGCAUUAAGUUCACAAAGAUGGUGUCUACGGGCGUUUGGCUACUCAUGUCCGCGCUUGCCUUGCCGAAUGUCAUCUUGACAAAUGGCAAACCAACUAGAGACAAUGUCAAUGACUGCAUGAAACUCAAGACCCCUUUUGGAGUUCAGUGGCAUACAGCUAUUUCUUACAUUGAUAUGUUCAUAUUUUUUACUGUGAUGAUUAUGCUGAUUGCAUGUUACAUUUCAAUAUCCCGACAUAUACGGAAAUCUAGCAAACCCUUUGUCAGUUGCUCCAGUCGGACAAGAAGACAUAACCAGAGUAUACGUGUAGUCGUGGCCGUAUUCUUCACCUGUUUUUUGCCCUAUCAUCUAUGUGAGUUGCCUUUCCUGUUCAGCCAACUGGACUCAAUCUCCGAGCAGCAAAUCUAUACCAUUCUGCUAUACUGCAAGGAAGGCACGCUGAUUCUCGCUGCCUGCAAUGUUUGCUUGGAUCCCAUUAUCUAUUUCUUCAUGUGCAGAUCAUUUUCUCACAGACUGUUCAACAGAUCCAGUAUUAGAUCUAGAAGCGAAAGCAUAAGAUCCCUGCAAAGUGUGAAGAAGUCCGAAGUGCGGAUAUACUGUGAUUAUACCGAGAAGGAACCAUGCUGCACUCUCUGAACGUUCACUUUGGACAUUUAGUGGCAGCUCUAUGUAUUAAGAGCAGAACAGGUCUCUAUUGAGGAGGAAGUGCUAUUGAGGAGUCACACCGAGGCUGGUGAGGACUUUCUUGUGAUUACACAUGGUGGUGUCUCAGAGAACCGAUAGUUCAGACCCUGCAGUGCACAGUGAGAGAACAUCUGAAGGAACUCCUCAUCUACGGGCAUAGGAAGGACCAGCUUCUUGUACUGGCACUAGCAAGUCAGUGGGAAUGAGUGAAACUCGCAAAUUGGAGCACCACCCUAGGGACAUUGAAGCAGUGACACCCACUAAGCCUGCAAAGUGCAAGAUACAACAUUAAGGACAUGCGGGACUGUCAAAGUCGCCUUUCUGAAUGGAAAGCCAGUGGUGGGGCUGUCUCCACUAGAUGCUGAGUUCACCAGAAUGCUAGGUAGCAGCUAGUCACUGCCAAACCCAUGCCAAAGCCUUAAUGGAAACUUGUACAAUCACAGCCCACUGCUGUAUUAUUCUUGACCUGUAGAGGUACAGCACUACGCCUUUCAAAGAACAGUUGACCAGGCAAACUCAAGUGAGAACUUUGCAGGGUUGAAAUCCCCAGUCCCCAAAAAAGUAGCUCUACAGGUUAUAGUGUUACCGCAACUUGGCAUGGACAUAUUACCAGCUGGAAUAAAGUUUUGUUAAGAAGAA